UCCCCAUUCCCGAUUCCUGCCUGAAAGCCAGAAAAUCAGCUAACUUAGUGAAAGAACUGGUAGCCAUGCGAAUGAGUUGCAAUGGAUGCCGGGUUCUCCGAAAAGGCUGCAGCGAAAACUGCACAAUAAGACCUUGCCUUCAGUGGAUGAAAACGCCUGAAGCGCAAUCCAACGCCACCGUUUUCCUCGCCAAAUUUUAUGGCCGCGCUGGCCUCCUUAACCUCAUCAAUGCCGGCGCCCAACACUUGCAGCCUGCUAUCUUUAGAUCAUUGUUGUAUGAAGCAUGUGGGCGUAUUAUUAAUCCAAUAAAUGGGGCGACCGGUCUAUUGUGUUCUGGGAACUGGCAUCUUUGCAAGGCGGCGGUUGAAGCUGUUUUGAGCGGUGCGCCUGUGACGCAAGUCUCUUCUGAGUCGGCGGCGAGUACCAUGAUGAGUCCACCGUUAAAGGCUGGUGAUAUUCGCCACAUUUCAAAGGACGACAAUUCGGCGACCAGGGCGCGAGACGCGCAGAAGGUCAAGACACGUGGUCGGUUCAAGAAAGUUGAGUUGAUCUACUUUGAUUUGGCUUUCGACCCAAAUACGAAACUUGUCCCAUUUUGA